AUGCUAUCUCGACUCGCGCCUCGAGCGGCGAUUCGUACGGCUUUCCAGGCACAGAAGUCGACGCCACAUUUGCUUCGCGCAGCUCCCAUCACAUCCCUGUUCGGAGACCGGAUAUCACAACGGAGAGGAUAUGCCACGCCUGCUGAGGAGAGAGACUUAGUAAUCAUCGGCGGUGGUGUGGCGGGCUAUGUCGCCGCCAUAAAAGCAGGGCAGGAGGGUCUGAAGGUAGCAUGCAUAGAGAAACGUGGCUCCCUCGGCGGCACCUGUCUGAACGUUGGCUGCAUCCCGUCCAAAUCCCUCCUCAACAAUUCCCACCUCUAUCACCAGAUCCUCCACGAUUCCAAACAUCGCGGUAUCGAAGUCGGCGAUGUUAAGCUCAAUCUCAAGCAGAUGAUGAGCGCCAAGGAGACCUCCGUCAACGGCCUGACGAAGGGUAUCGAAUUCCUGUUCAAGAAGAACAAUGUCGAGUAUAUCAAGGGUACCGGUGCAUUUGCGGACGAGCACACGAUUGCGGUAAACCUCGUGGAUGGUGGAGAGACGAGUGUAAGGGGCAAGAACAUCUUCAUCGCGACUGGAAGUGAAAGCACACCGUUCCCAGGUUUGACGAUCGAUGAGAAGAAGGUCAUUACAUCAACUGGUGCCAUUGCAUUGGACAAGGUGCCUAAGAAGAUGAUCGUGAUCGGUGGCGGUAUUAUCGGUCUGGAAAUGGCUUCCGUCUGGAGCAGGUUAGGUGCCGAUGUCACAAUUGUAGAGUUCUUGGGCCAGAUCGGUGGACCAGGUAUGGAUGCCGAGAUCGCAAAGAACACCCAGAAGAUCUUUGCGAAGCAGGGCAUGAAGUUCAAGCUCAACACCAAGGUUGCCGGUGGAGACGACAGCGGAGACCUAGUCAAGCUCAACCUGGAAGCUGCCAAGGGUGGAAAGGAGGAGACCGUCGAAGCAGACGUAGUCCUAGUAGCCAUCGGCCGUCGCGCCUACACCUCCGGCCUGGGUCUCGAAAAUAUCGGUCUCGAAACCGAUGACCGCGGCCGCCUAGUAAUCGACAGCGAAUACCGGACCAAGAUUCCUCACAUCCGCGUGAUUGGCGACUGUACCUUUGGCCCCAUGUUAGCGCACAAAGCCGAGGAGGAAGCCGUUGCCGCGGUGGAGUUCCUGACCAAGAACUACGGACAUGUGAAUUAUAACGCCAUCCCGAGUGUAAUGUACACCCAUCCCGAAGUCGCCUGGGUCGGUCAGAACGAAGCCGAGCUAAAAGAGGCCGGUGUAAAGUACAAGGUUGGCUCCUUCCCAUUCUCCGCCAACUCCCGAGCGAAAACGAAUCUGGAUACGGAGGGUAUGGUGAAGUUCCUUGCGGACGCGGAGACGGAUAGGAUUUUGGGUGUGCACAUUAUCGGGCCUAACGCGGGAGAGAUGAUUGCUGAGGGGACGUUGGCGUUGGAAUAUGGAGCGAGUACGGAGGAUGUUGGACGAACGAGCCAUGCGCAUCCCACGCUGGCUGAGGCGUUCAAGGAGGCUGCGAUGGCUACUUAUGGCAAGGCUAUCCAUUAUUAG